CGGGGAGGACGCGCUUCUUCUUCAGCACUUAUCUCGACUCCGACAAACAUGGCGAUCUAUCAGCUUUUUCCAUCACUGGAUUAACGUGUUUCGGCAUGAGGGAGCCGCUCAUAUUCAUAGCCAAUUAAUGAAGUGUAGACAGACGAUGGUGUCUUUGCUGUGUGAUCCUCGUGCCAUGCUUCAUGUAUGUUUUGCCGUCGUCACGCUGUGCGUGUUUUUCUCACCGACCUCGAGCCGGGCUGAGGAGUCCGAGCCUCGGCCGCCCGAGGAAGACGCGGGUGACCGCGACAGCAUCCUCUCCCAGCUGCUGGGUGAUUAUGACAAAGUGAAAGUCCUCUCGGAAGGUUCUGACUGUCGCUGUAAAUGUGUUGUCAGACCCCUGAGCAGGAGCGCCUGCCGGCGGCUACACGAGGGUAGCGCGCCUGCGCAGGACUACUACACUGUAGAGACCAUCAGCGCCGGCCCCGGGUGCAAGUGCGCAUGCGUGGCGCCUCCAUCUGCAGUCGACCCCUGCGAGGCGGACGUCAGGCUGAAGAAGCUGCAGGAGGCUGCGAGCAAAGACGUGAAGUUGUCCACAGUCCUGGACCUACUGGAAGGUUCCUUCUAUGGACUGGAUCUACUGAAGCUCCACUCCAUCACCAGCAAGUUGGUCGGCCGUGUUGAUCACAUUGAGAAGGUUGUUUCUGUGAACCAAACAAGAAAUGAGGCGACACUCACAAAGAGCCCCUCCAGUUUGGAAGAAACGACAGAAAACCCUUCGACAGCUGCUCCGCUCACUGCUCCUCCACCACUGCAGGAGAGAGCGAAUGCCACCGGUGCGCCGACAACCACAGUCUCUGAUCUCGAGGAGGUCAUUGAGGAGAAGUUUACCGAGGACAGUCGGUCCUCCGAGCUCCUCAACGCUUCAGCUGAGGUGAAAACAGAUGCAGCAGUGAAUCAAAAGGAAGCGCCUCAGGUGACCAAGCCGGGUCCGAAUGGGAUGAUCAUCAGAGCAAUGACUUUCUACAAAUCAGAUCCAGAUCCAAUGGUGGCGGACGAUGGCGAGCCUGGAGAGAACUUUUUUGAGUACCAUGGCUUCAGUGGUGAAAGUCCACUUGACUUCUUCAUGGAGGAGAACCUUCUUCAACACAGAGCCGCCCGGCCCUGGGUCAGGGCGGGACCGCGGUCAUUUCGUCCGAGGACGACCCAGAAUUCCAAGUCAGUCAGUCAGACACGCAACACCAAGCAGGAGAGCAUGAAAAGCGCCGGUGAGCAAGUCAGUGUCAUGGAAACAACACAAACAGAAGCUCACACAGCAAGAAGCUCCGUGACGGGAUCAUCUCGUGCGAGUGCUGUGGAUGGCGUGGUGCUGGACGGAGAUGGGGACAAGUGGCCUUUGAACGACGACCCGCAGGUCGCCUUGUCGAGGGCCACGGCCAAUGAUGUGAGAACCACGACACACUCUAAAGGUCCCUCCACGGCAGCACCCACGCAGGCACCAACACACCCAGUGACUACCACGAGGAAACAGCUGAAGGAGCAAACAACACGUUCAGUCACCUCAACAACCAUCAGCCCCACAACAGCAGCAGCCUCCUCCACGCUGGCCCACACCACCUCACCCACAGAGGCCGGCCUCACCACCCCAUCAGCCUCGACUCACCGCUCACAAACCACAGCGUUGAACCAGUUGUCACCUCUGGCCAGCCCGGCCCGCACCAGCAGCGGGAGAAGGUACAGGAUCAGCUGGGAGGAGGAGGAGGUUGGCGCUGGACUUCAGGGGACCGAUGAGUCACGAGAGGAGGGACGCGUUGUGAAACGGACCGGGGAGUGUAAGGACACGCUGGCAACAAUUUCCGAGCCAGUGACUCACAACACCUACGGCCGGAGAGAGGGGGCCUGGAUGAAGGACCCCAAGUCCGACUCGGAGAAAAUCUACGUGGCCAACUUCUACUAUGGAAACAACCUGCUGGAGUUCCGCAACAUGGAGGCCUUUAAAAGCGGUCGCUUCACAAACUCCUACAAACUUCCCUACAACUGGAUCGGCACCGGUCAUGUGGUCUACAAUGGGGCCUUCUUCUACAACCGGGCUUUCUCUCGCGACAUCAUCAAGUUCGACCUGCGACACCGACACGUGGCCGCCUGGACCCUGCUGCACGACGCCGUGAUCGAGGAGUCCUCCUCGCCGUGGGAGUGGAGGAGCCACUCCGACGUGGACUUUGCUCUGGACGAGAGCGGACUGUGGAUCAUCUACCCGGCGCUGGAUGACGAGGGCUUCCUAAAUGAGGUGGUCGUGCUGAGUCAGCUGAACCCGAUGGACCUCAGCAUGCAGCGGGAGACCACCUGGAGGACCGGCCUGAGGAGGAACCACUAUGGGAACUGCUUCGUCGUGUGCGGCGUCCUCUAUGCUGUUGACAGCUACGACCACAAGGACGCCAAACUGGAAUACGCUUUUGACACGCACACGAACACCCAGAUGAGCCCCAGGAUGCCGUUCACUAACAACUACACCUUCAGCACUCAGGUGGACUACAACCCUAAAGACGGACUUUUGUACGCGUGGGAUAACGGACACCAGGUCACGUACGACGUUAGAUUUGCUUACGUAGAACCCAAGUGAGGGUGAGGGGCAUCUGUAAAUGUUCACUCGAAGGAUUGUAGAUCAGUCCACGGUGCUUGUAUCGGAUCGGAUUUUUUUUAUACCUAAAAUAAUAAAGAGCCUUAUCUUGAGUGCACGGGUGAUGUAAAAUACUUCUAAUAAAGGAUGUUUGU